AUGAAAGCACAUGAAGCACCUACAAGUUCAAGACGAGACGAAAACAGCCUCUAUUCACUGACCAAGAGGUUCGUGAAGCUGCUCUGGGAGUCUCCUGACCACGCAAUCAGCAUCACCACGGCUGCAUCCAUGCUGAAUGUGGUCAAACGAAGAGUCUACGACAUCACGAAUGUGCUUGAAUCAAUCGAUUUAUUACGAAAUGGAACGUGA